AAAAAUAUAAUAUAAGGCUAAUUCAAAAUUUUGUCGUAUAUAUAUAUAUAUUAACGUUACAAACUGCGCGACACACCUUGUCGUGCUCAUCGAUCGAAAGGCGGUUCCGCGCUUGUUUCUAUCUCUGUUCCUUGCAUUCGUAAAUACCAAACCCAUAAUACAAAAUCAAAAUACAGAACCCUAAUAUCACAUUCUCUCCGAAUCAUUCAUUUCGUUUGAAUCAAUCGCAACGUCACAUUCGCAGCCCUGAAGAUUGAAUAUAUCGUCAACGAUCGUUUUGUUUGAAUCCACAAGGGCGUACAUUGCGAGGUUGUCAUUUAUCUGUUUCCUCAUUCAUCAUCAACGACGAACGCGUUGUUUGGUUGCUGGGAAAAGGCAGGAAAGGAAAGAAAAUAAGAUUUUGAGUCUCCUUGAUCAUUGUCUCCACUUUCUUUGUAAAACUAUUUGUCUUGGUUUAUUUGUGGGGAUCGAUAGAUAGUCUUUAAAAGAAAAAAAACAUGGCUAGCAUUCAAGAUAUCAGCCUUGCAGCUGCUGUUAACAUUCUUUCUGCAAUAGUGUUCCUUGUGGCCUUUGCAAUAUUACGGCUCCAACCAGUCAAUGAUAGAGUUUACUUCCCAAAGUGGUACCUGAAGGGUAUAAGAGGCAGUCCAACACGUUCUAAAGCUUUUGUGUCGAAAUUCAUCAACUUGGACUUCAGAACGUACAUAAGGUUUUUGAAUUGGAUGCCUGCAGCCUUAAGAAUGCCACAACCUGAGCUUAUAGAUCAUGCAGGGCUUGAUUCUGCUGUAUAUAUUCGAAUUUACCUUCUUGGCUUGAAAAUAUUUGCCCCUAUAACUGCCCUAGCUUUUGGGGUGUUGGUGCCUGUAAAUUGGACUGGGGAAUCAUUAGAUAAUGUCAAGGAUUUAACAUUCAGUAAUAUCGACAAACUCUCAAUAUCCAAUGUGUCACCUGGAUCUCAAAGGUUUUGGGCACAUUUGGUAAUGGCGUAUGUCUUUUCAUUCUGGACAUGUUAUGUGCUAUACAAGGAAUACAAGAUUGUAGCUACUUUGAGAUUGCAUUUUCUUGCUUCUGAAAAUCGUCGUCCAGAUCAAUUCACUGUUCUUGUGAGAAAUGUACCUCCAGACCCUGAUGAAUCAGUUAGUGAGCACGUUGAACAUUUCUUUUGCGUAAAUCAUCCUGAUCAUUAUCUUUCACAUCAGAUUGUAUACAAUGCAAAUAAGCUUGCAAAUAUAGUGGCGCAAAGAAAGAGUUUGCAGAACUGGCUUGUUUAUUACCAAAACAAAUAUGAGACAAAUCCUACUAAAAAGCCAACUACAAAGACAGGUUUUUGGGGCCUUUGGGGAAAAACUGUGGAUGCAAUUGACUACUACACAGCUGAAAUUGGGAAGUUAAGCGAAGAAGAAGCGGGAGAAAGAGAGAGGGUUAUAAGUGACAAUAAUUCCAUAGUCCCCGCAGCAUUUGUUUCAUUUAAAUCCCGGUGGGGAGCAGCUGUCUGUGCUCAAACUCAGCAGUCAAGUAAUCCUACUGUUUGGUUGACUGAAUGGGCUCCUGAACCACGUGAUGUUUAUUGGGAGAAUCUUGCAAUACCAUUUGUUGAACUCACUAUUCGAAGAUUGCUCAUGGCUGUUGGUCUAUUUUUCCUAACUUUCUUUUUUACGAUACCCAUAGCAUUGGUUCAGUCUAUAGCCAAUCUUGACGGCAUCCAGAAGGUUUUACCUUUCUUGAAGCCCCUAAUACAAAAGAAAGUGGUCAAAUCUUUCAUUCAAGGUUUUCUUCCAGGUAUCGCAUUAAAGAUAUUCCUUAUUAUUCUUCCAACAAUUCUCAUGACUAUGUCCAGAAUAGAAGGAUUCACAUCACUCUCAUCUUUGGAGAGAAGAUCAGCUGGAAAGUAUCAUUUGUUCUUGCUUGUCAAUGUCUUUCUUGUAAGCAUUAUUGCUGGAACAGCGUUUCAGCAGCUCCACACAUUUUUGAAUCAGUCUCCAACAGAGAUUCCUAAAACUGUUGGUGUGUCAAUUCCAAUGAAAGCCACUUUCUUCAUUACUUAUAUAAUGGUUGAUGGAUGGGCUGGCAUUGCUGCAGAGAUCGUUAGAUUGGUUCCUUUAGUUAUGUUCCACAUAAAGAAUACGUUCUUGGUCAAGACAGAACAAGAUAGAGAGCAGGCAAUGGAUCCUGGUUCCUUGAACUUCUCUACAUCUGAACCUCGCAUACAACUCUAUUUCUUGCUGGGACUUGUGUAUUCAGUGAUCACCCCCAUACUUCUUCCUUUCAUCAUUGUCUUCUUUGCCUUUUCCUAUAUGGUUUUCCGCCAUCAGAUCAUCAAUGUUUAUGACCAAAAGUAUGAGAGUGGGGCAACAUUUUGGCCAGAUGUGCAUCGGCGUAUAAUUAUUGGCUUGAUAAUAUCGCAACUUCUAUUAAUGGGAUUGAUGAGCACAAAAGGAGCUGAAAAUUCAACACCGUUCCUCAUUGUACUUCCUGUUUUGACUAUAUGGUUCCAUCGAUUUUGCAAGGGGCGUUUUGAGUCGGCAUUCAUGAAAUUCCCACUACAGGAUGCAAUGGUGAAGGAUACAUUAGAACGUGCUACGGAACCAAACCUAAGCUUGAAAGCCUAUAUGCAAGAUGCUUAUGUACACCCGGUUUUCAAGGGUGGUGACUUUGAGAGACCACAAGCGAUAGAUGAGGAAGAGAACAAUCCCCUUGUUCCAACCAAGAGGAGCUCUCGAAAGGAUAGUAAAUAUCCUUCUGAUGUCAGUUCUGAAGGUGGUAUUUGUGUUGGUAGUGGUGGUGGUGUUGAUAAAAACAGCCCCAAUUCUAUUGUUCGAAGGCAAAAGCUUGGCUCACGUGAAGGUAACAUGUCAUUUUCAGAUAAAUGAACCAAAGGAUCACAUUACUAGUUUUGACCAUAAUUGCUAAUGGUUAAAAAAUGAGACUACAGUGAGAUUUGUAAUUGUGUAAAAUGUUUACAAGGUUAAUUACACUUUCUAUCUUCAAUUUUUAUUAGAAUUUUACUUUAGUCUCUUAUCUUCUAAUUGUAACAA